CUCUGCCAUUUCUCCUCUAAUCAUCACGCUGUAACCUGUGACAGGCUGUUAUGAUACCACAACUAUCACACAUUCACAUAUAUGGAUUUUUUUGUCGAGCUGCGAGCAUCACGUAGGUUUAUAUUACCAAACGUUUCUGACAAAAUCACUUGAUAACACCGACUCCUGUGUGGACAGCGAGAAGAGAAGGAGAGAUGCUGUGCUGCUGCCAGAGGAGCCGCUGACUGAGUUCCCUCUGAGCAGUAAGUCGCUAAAAGAGCCUGAGAAGUCCGGGGCUGUUCAUAAGACAUUCAGGACGCCACGGUUUAUUUUACACUACUGAAGUUGCUCCUGUUUAUGCAACCGCUGCUGAGUCGGUAAUACUUGGACUGUAUGUGGCCCCUGAACUAAAAUGAGUUCAACACCCCUGCUGUAGAGGCGUUGUCCUGACUGUAGCUCACACUCCAGCCCGGUAGGUGGCGGUACUGCGCGUCACACGCACUCCAGAGCCAAUGAAAGUGAAGGGAGAGAAAGACUGCAUUCUUAAGCAGCGCGGGGAGCAGAGGGAGACCAUAUUCCAGCGUGUUCAUAAAUGUAGACAGGACUACGGCAACAACACCGCUAGCAGACAACGUAUAUUAACAUUUAUAACGUUACAUUGUACCUACGUGUGGUGUGAUGCCACGUGGUCUGGUGUGACAAAAUGACCAUCAUCCUGAGACUUCAAGGCCUCGAUGUGAAGGCAGGCACUGAAGAUAUUAGGAAAUUCUUUGGACAUCUUCACAUACCUGAUGGAGGAGUGUACAUCGUGGGAGGAAGUCUAAGAGAGGCUUUUAUUGCAUUCACCUCUGAAAGAGAUGCCCAGCUUGCCAUGCGGUACAGUGGAAAUUUCCUCAAAGGGUCUGUGGUGUUUCUGCACAUAAGCAGCAUGGCAGAGCUGGAGGAAAAACUCAACAUAUUGUUGAAGAAGAAGAAAAAGAAACCCUCCCCCACGCAGGCCACUGUUAAGAGACCUCAAACCUCUCCAGAUGCAGAUGUGCCACAUUUGAAACCCAACCCUGCGAAUCUGAAACCACCUACUGCUCAGCCGCUGGAUCCAAGGACUGCAAAUCUGCAUAUUGCAAAUUUACAACCUUCAAAUGCACACUCACUUGAUUCCAAUACUGCCUUUCUUCUGGGGGUGUGUACUGUCCUUCAAGGUCUCCAGUCGUCCCUUACAAGUGAAAACAAUGAGGCAUUGCCAAGACUUGAUUUCCCCAGAGCUGACAACACAGCUGAGUUUGACGAGGUGAGUUCGCCAGAGCAAAGUCUGGACCCAAGCCCUGGCUACGUCAGGCUCUUUGGUCUGCCAUCCUCUGCUUCAAAAGAAGUCAUCUGCCAUUUUUUCAAAGGGUUGUCUGUGCAGGAAGCCAUCGUGAAUGUAGAGCUGGGACGCAGCCGUGGCUGUCUGGUGAAGUUUGCCAGCAUGCAGGAUGCAAGUGAAGCUCUUCUCUUCAACCAGCAGUCACUGGGGCCCUUCUGUGUGGAGGUACGUGGAGCAACUGAAAAGAUGUGGACCAGUGCUGUGCAAGAAUGUGAAACUGCUUUGGAUGUUGGGGUGAAACCCAAGCAGAAUCCUCUGAGGGAAACUGCAAACCACAAACACAGAAAUGCUUCUGCGUUGCAGAUGAAGGGGAAAUCUGUCAAUAAGUUGCCAUCUGUGUCACCAAAAAAGCCAAGACCUGACAGUGACUCAACAACCACCAUAUCUCCAACUGAGGAGCACACUGUCAUGGUCAGGAAUCUGCCCAAAGAGAUGACCAAGACUGAAAUAAAAGAAUUGUUUGGGUGUCCAAACAUUGCACACAAAAAUGUGCUACAUCUGCUCGACAAAGAAGGUAACAGAACGGACACUGCUUUUCUUAUUUUUAACCGCACUGAGGAUUACGACUAUGCACUGAACCUCAGCGGCUGCCAUGUGGGCUCUGAUGCCAUUGAGGUCUCAUCAACCACUAGAAUGAUAAUGAGGGACAUGAUGGCCAAAAGCCAUUACAGGAGUCCUAAGCCUUGUCCAAAGACAGACACAAUGAAGAAACCAAAUCGAAAGAGGAAAUUAAAUCCAGCUGUGACACCAGAAGAAGCACCAAGCGUGAACCCGGACCCGGCAGCCCAGACAUGCUUGUUUGUCAGAAACAUGCCAGCAGAUGUGAUGAAAAGUCACAUUACAAGUCUUUUCUUCAAGUACAAAGUGAGGAUGGACAGCAUCGUCUUACUGCACGACGGUGAUGGCACGGGUAUCGGUGAGGCCGUGGUCCAGUUUAAAUCACAGAAACUCGCUGCACUUGCUCAGAAGCUGCACGGUCAGGACUUCCUGGGGACAAAAGUGCUUCUUACCCGCAUAAACGUGAAGCAGAUGGAGGACAUCUUGGAAAGAAAUGCUUGAGGACGUUGAAUAUCAAUGCUCGAAUGCACACAACCAUGUUAUAGACUGCUUCUUUUCUACCAAGUUGGUUUUCCAACUUUAAAUCUGCUUGAUUGCAUCCAUCAGCUUAAAUUUCAGUUUUCUACUUAUUAAAUGUCAUGCUUAACAUCUCACUGUUACACUUUACUUUAUAUUACACCUGUGUACAUUCCAGACAUUUGAAAAUAAACUUUUUUUUAAUACCGUU